AUCUUAUGAAGUUAUCAUGAGGGUUUAUACACAAGAACGUUCUGCUGUUAAAUUGAUGCAAACCUCUAAAAAGGCUGUACAAGACUCAAGCACAUUGAUAAGCGUUAUUCAUAACUUAAAUUGCGUGAAAUCAUACAAUGGAGGUCGAUCUAUUGAUUGAAAACGGUAGAGUGAUCGAUCCAGCAAAUAACUUGGACGGACAGCUAAAAGUUGCAAUCAACAAUGGUAAGAUUUUAGCGGUAGGAGAAAACCUCGACUUCAAACCACGCGAGAUAUUUGACGCCAGUGGAUGCCUCGUGACGCCAGGUUUAAUUGACGCUCACGUGCACUGUUAUGAGUACGCUACACCCAUAAGCAUCAACGCGGACGACUGCUGUUUGGCAAGGGGAGUAACAACGGUGAUUGAUGCUGGAAGUUCAGGCGCCACGACGUUCAUGGGCCUCCGGAAGUACGUUGUGGAGCGCUCCAAAACACGAGUCAAGUGCCUCCUCCACAUAGCACUGCAUGGGCUGGCGGCGUCUGGGUGCUCGGCAGGGGCGGGCGGAGGCGAGUCCGACACCCUGGCUGUACUCGACGAGGACGCAUGCGCGCAGUGCAUCAAUUAUAACCGUGACGUCAUUGUCGGUGUAAAGGUCAGGCUAUCUUUGGACGUCUGCAACAUGGGAAAAACUGAAAACGAAGCCUUCAGACGGGCUCUAGCAGUAGCCGAACGCUGUUCGGUACCACUUAUGACGCAUCACAGUGUGUCAACGGUUCCGACACAAAAGUCAUUAGAUCCGAAAGCCACAUUUGGUUGCCCAGGUGAUCUAAGAGCCGGGGAUAUUUACACGCACACAUUUCAUGGUUACCCAAACACCAUUAUUGACGUCAAUACGGGUCAGGUUCAUAGUGACGUCAUUGAUGCAAGAUCACGUGGAGUUUUGUUCGACGUGGGGCAUGGCGCAGGCGCAAUGAACUGGACUGUGGCUGAACUCGCUACUAGUCAAAACUUUUUCCCGGAUAUGUUGGGAUCUGAUUUGCAUCUAGUAAAUAAAGAUGGCCCAGCCUAUGACCUUCCAACAGUUAUGACGAAAUUUUUACACCUUGGAAUGCCAUUGGUAGAUAUUAUUAAUUCAGUGACGUCAUCACCUGCUAAGGCCUACGGCAUUGAAACUGAAACUGGUUCCUUGACGAAGGGUUUAUCCGCUGAUGUAACCGUUCUGAAAAUAGAAGAAUGUGACGUAAUGCUCGAGGAUUCCGUCGGUCAAACUAGGAACGUGCGACAAAGGAUAAAACCAAUAGCUGUUUGGCGGGAAGGAGAGCAAAUAAAAGUCACAGUGCCUGUGCUAUGGCCAAAUCCGGAUUCCAUCGAAAAAAGCCUGAGACAGAAAAGUCGUCAAGAAAUAAAUGACGAUAUCGCUGCAGGAUAUGAACCACGUGUGUCCAAAUAAAUGGUUUCCAUGAAGGGUUUGUUAGCCCAAAAGUAGUACUGUACCUGUCAGACCAUUCAACAUUUCGCCUACAGAGUGUGUAUUAAUGAAAAUGAAGUCAUCGUGCAUUUUCAGUGCAACUAAACUGAAAUUGCUUGUUGUUGGUUAUGAAGUUCAUGAAAAAUCAACAUGAAAAAGUAGUCAUCGCCAUAUAACAAUAAUUUGUCUGGCAAUGCAUAUGAUAUUGCUUCUGAUUUGUUAUGAAUAAAAAACACACAACAA